AUGGCGUUUGCUCGCAGGUUAGCAAUCCUUCCCGGAGGCCUAGGUGGCCUUGGGUCCAGCAUAGGCCAGAAGCUCAGACAGCAAGGAGCUCGACUAGCCAUCUUGUACGCGCCCUUUGAGGCUGGGCGUCGAGACCAACUGCUAGAGUCUACGUACGGUCGGGUUCGCGACUCAGAUGAAAUCCGAACCUAUGAAUGUGACAUCACGUCACCGGAAUCAGUCCAGUCGGCAUUCAAAGCACUGGACAAGGAUAUGGUCAAGCCAUCAUCUGUCUCUGUUGCUGAUCGGGCCUUUCCCAGUAUCCUAAUCAAUACAGCUGGUUAUGUCAACCUCAGUGAUAUGGAAUCGACGCCACCCGAGGACAUCAUGAAGCAUCUCACCACCAAUGUCUUCGGACCAAUGCUGUGUUCGCAAGCGUUUGCUCGACUCUACUUCGCUGCUUCCAAGGCUGCAGAAUCUUCAACUAAUCCUCCGCCACCGGGAAGAAUCGUCAACAUCGCCUCACAGGCCGCGCAUGUAGCACUGCCUCGGCAUAGCGCAUACUGCGCUUCUAAAGCCGCGCUGUUAGGAUUGACACGUAGUAUGGCCUCUGAGUGGGGAGGCCGUGGUAUCACGUCGAAUUCCGUCUCCCCAACAGUAGCCUGGACCGAGCUCGGAAAGAAGGCGUGGGGACAAGACGGUGUACGAGAGGCCUUCCUGAAGACGAUCCCGACGGGAAAAUUUGCAUUACCGGAAGAGGUCGCGGAUGCUGUUCUUUUCCUCUGUCAGGAUUCCAGUGGUAUGAUUAAUGGUGCCGACAUCAGGGUGGACGGUGGUUUUACCAUUCAAUGA